GUCCGCGGCUUUGCAGGGUUAGGGGAACGGCCGUGGCGGCUGCUGGGGAGUACAGGUGCGGAGGCUCUGGGGCUUAGGAGGCAGGAGGGCCUCUGCGGAGACCCAAGCGGUGGCACGCAGGCAGAACACGGACUGACCUGGGCCGCCCUCCUAGCGGCUCGCCUCUUCACCCCGCCCCCCGGGGCUGAAGUGGCUCUGCCCCUGAUCCGAGCCGGGUCCCUCCUCAGGCACUGACCCUUGACCUCGGGGCGCUCCCCCAUCGGGCGCGAUGGCUACAGGCGCGGAUGUGCGGGACAUUCUAGAACUUGGGGGUCCGGAGGGGGAAGCAGCCUCCGGGACCAUCAGCAAGAAGGACAUUAUCAAUCCGGACAAGAAAAAGUCCAAGAAGUCCUCCGAGACGCUGACCUUCAAGAGGCCGGAGGGCAUGCACCGGGAAGUCUACGCACUGCUGUACUCCGACAAGAAGGAUGCACCCCCGCUGCUACCUAGUGACACUGGCCAAGGCUACCGCACAGUGAAGGCCAAGCUGGGCUCCAAGAAGGUACGGCCCUGGAAGUGGAUGCCGUUCACCAACCCAGCCCGCAAGGAUGGAGCUAUGUUCUUCCACUGGCGACGCGCAGCUGAGGAGGGCAAAGACUACCCCUUCGCCAGGUUCAAUAAGACGGUGCAGGUCCCUGUGUACUCAGAGCAGGAGUACCAGCUCUAUCUUCAUGACGAUGCUUGGACGAAAGCAGAAACUGACCACCUCUUUGAUCUCAGCCGCCGCUUUGACCUCCGCUUUGUGGUGAUCCACGACCGGUAUGACCACCAGCAGUUCAAGCGUUCCGUGGAGGACCUGAAGGAACGGUACUACCACAUCUGUGCCAAGCUCGCCAACGUGCGGGCCGUGCCAGGCACAGACCUUAAGAUACCGGUAUUUGACGCUGGGCACGAACGGCGGCGGAAGGAACAGCUGGAGCGUCUCUACAACCGGACCCCAGAGCAGGUGGCGGAGGAGGAGUACCUGCUGCAGGAGCUGCGCAAGAUCGAGGCCCGGAAGAAGGAGCGGGAGAAGCGCAGUCAGGACCUGCAGAAGCUGAUAACAGCGGCAGACACCACUGCAGAGCAGCGGCGCACCGAACGCAAGGCCCCCAAGAAGAAGCUACCCCAGAAAAAGGAGGCUGAGAAGCCGGCUGUUCCCGAGACUGCAGGCAUCAAGUUUCCAGACUUCAAAUCUGCAGGCGUCACUCUGCGGAGCCAGAGGAUGAAGCUGCCGAGCUCUGUGGGACAGAAGAAGAUCAAGGCCCUGGAACAGAUGCUGCUGGAGCUGGGUGUGGAGCUGAGCCCCACACCCACGGAGGAGCUGGUGCACAUGUUCAACGAGCUGCGGAGCGACCUGGUGCUGCUGUAUGAGCUCAAGCAGGCCUGUGCCAACUGCGAGUACGAGCUGCAGAUGCUGCGGCACCGUCACGAGGCGCUGGCCCGGGCUGGCGUGCUGGGGGGUCCCGUCACACCAGCAUCAGGCCCGGCCCCGGCUUCUGCUGAGUCGUCAGUACCUGAAUCCAGUCUCGGCCCUGACCCCACCAAGGACACCAUCAUCGAUGUGGUGGGUGCACCCCUCACACCCAAUUCGAGGAAGCGACGGGAAUCGGCCUCCAGCUCCUCUUCUGUGAAGAAAGCCAAGAAGCCGUGAGGGGCCCCCAUGGGUGGGGCAGUGCUGCUGUGUAAAUAGAGCUGCUGAGUUGGA